ACACACACACACACACACACACACACACACACACACACACACACACACACACACACACACACACACACACACACACACACAGAGAGAGACAGACAGACAGAGAGGAGUUUCUCAAACACCAGCACAGAAUCUGAUAAGGACUUGAAAAAAGGGCAUGUUUGUAGAAAGCCAGUCGUCAGGGUGAAGGUUUCCACGUAACCCAAUUCAUAUCUGCACGUUCUCCUACAUUCAGCUGCUCAGGAUUUUUCCACUUGAUUACAAUAUCUUGUGCCAUUUUAGUAAUGCUUGAAAAAUCUUUAUCUCAAAAGGUUAAUAUGAAAAAACUUCAACUGCUGUUGCAGAAUGCAGGUCAUGGCAAGAUUCGAAUAAUAAAAAGUCUAAAACUGAUCUGAUAGUCAGUACCACAUCAGCUUCAGCAAAUCCUGCCAAUUCUGCCAUUCAAGUCAAUAUAAAAGAAAAACAAUCACACAUAACAAUCUUCAACAAUGCUGUUUCAUGCAGAAGUGUUAGGUUAUUCAUAAGGCCGGGAAAUGUUGUUUUUGUCCAUAACCUUUUAAAAUAUAAGAUGGUGUUUCUUCUGUAUGAAAGGUUAGUUUUUUUUUUCAUGAGCAGAACAUUUAUUUUAUCCUGUCCCGGUAGAUUUGUCAGUUCCAUUGAUAGAUAUAGGCUCGUGUGUGAAAUAUAAUGGACAAUUGGAGUUUUUUCGAUCAUAUUUGGUCUUGAUAACACGCUGGUUGAUAGAACCGGCGCGGGACUAGAGGCCAUUCAGAAGAAGAAUGGUCCAAGGCCUACAACAUUAUUCCACUAACAAUUUAUUAAAAAAGCUGCUCGAAGAUAUUCAGAGACCAAAAAUGUGAAUAUUCAUAAACGAAAGCGCUGUCUGAUAAGCGCUGCUGAAGCAUGAACCCACACUACCACAAAAGUAUCGCAACAUAUCGUUUUAUUUUUUAACAUGUAAAUUUUCCCCCCAUAGGUACUACAAUUCCCAGGAUGCAAAGCACAGAUGACGUCACAACACCUGGUUGACGUCAGCACCCGGAGUUCCGCGUGUUCGUAAUUGUUGUUGAUAGAAGGCUCGCAUGAUGGAAAAUCGAGUAAAGAUGUCGAUAAUAUUUGAUCUGGAUAACACACUGAUCGAUACUGCCGGAGCAGGACGAGUGGCCAUUCAGAAGGUGUGUGAGCUGCUGAAGUCUACACCUGUGCAGGAAAGCCACAUCACAAUCAUCUGUGAGCUUUUCCUACAAAAGCUUGUCCAUGAAACAUUCGACUCAGCAGAAGGCAGAACGAUCGAUGAAGUGAGAAUCCGUCACUGGUCUGAAGCCCUACAUGAGACUCUGGGCACAGAUCUUGAUCCAACCCUGGCCUCCAGCUGUUACUACACAUGGAAGAACACACGUCUACAGGCGCUUAGUCUGUCUCCUGAUGUUAGAUCUCUGCUGGAAGAACUUCAGAAGAACUACAAACUGCUGCUGCUCACCAACGGUGAUUCUCAAACCCAGUGGGAGAAGAUUGAGGCGGUGAGAUGUGAGGGUCUCUUUAGUGCAGUGGUGGUGGGUGGAGAUCACCCUGAGCAAAAACCGGGGCUCUCUAUAUUCACUCACUGUUUUGAGUCGCAGGGCAUCCAGCCGCAGGACUGCAUCAUGGUGGGCGAUUCUCUCAGUACAGAUAUCCAAGGGGGCAUUAAUGCAGGAGUGAAGGCAACCGUGUGGAUCAACAGUGACUGUAAAUCUAUCCCACAUGCCUCUGUGACCCCAGACUACACGUUACCCAGUGUUCUUCAUCUGCCUGAUGUUCUAGCUCAGCUCUCUUGAUAUCUGCUUUUGAGGACAUAAAGGUGUGCUAAGUAAUUUUUACCUCAUAAAGGCAAAGUAAUGUGUGCAAUGUAAUUUAAUUUAAAAAAAUGACAUUGUAAAAAUUUCAAGCACUCCUCUCGUCUGCCAUUUGUUUACACUUUUUGGGGAAAUCAACCUCUGAAGGGCUUACUUACUUUUGCAUAUUAAGCUGGCAUAGAAAAAAAAAGUACAUUACCAUUGAAAAUAUUACAUUUUCAUUACCUUUCUGAUUCGUCACACUUGGUAAGCCCAAGGCUACUGUUGUAUUGGUGCACUCAGUAAUUUUUCCCAUUAAAAUGUUUUGCUGCUAAAGAAAUUAAUUGUUAUUUUGAAACAUAAGUAUAAAAUCAUGAGCACUCACAUGAGACGAGGACUCCAGUCAUAUCAGUAACCUUAUAAAAGCUGUUUUAUUUUACAUGGGGCAUGGGUGCCCUCAUUUUACCAGCUGAAUACUACUCACUCAAUCACAGUAACCAUCUUGUUAUCGGACACUUUCACUCUUGGAUUAAAUUACUCAUGGCUGAUUGUGAAUAGUGAAUUUCAACAAUGGCAUCUGCAACUGAAAACAAUUUUGAAUGAUGCAGCAUAAAAACCAUUAGGUGUCACUGUAAGUCCACGAUGACACAAACAAAAAGUUACUGAGUGCACCUAUAAAUUGAAUGUGAAUUUUCAAUAAAAAAAAUAUCUCACAUUUUAUAAUGAUUACAGAAUUGUACAGUGAAAUAUCACAGAUCUUCACAUAAUAUUUACACAUAUUGCAUAAUUCUGUUUUAACAGUGAAUAUUAUGGUGAAUUAAAUACAUU